GCCAUCACAGGUCUGAAGGUCCCUCUUUCGUCCUCCAUACACACACUCCUUCACCUACACCAGUCGUUCCCUUGGAUCUUUGACAGAUCAGCACACUCCUUGUGUCGGAAGUAUACCUCAGAGCCAGUACAGAUCACCCCAGUCGUCGAUAUAUCGCAAGCCGAUCACCAGUCCUUUACCCCCCCCCCCCAAGAAAAAGAACAGAAACGAAGCAAAAUUCGUGUGCAUAUUCAGCAUUAUCAUGUAUACCAACAGCCUUCUCGUCGCCUCUGGCGCUCUCUUCGCUGCCGCUGCAGCUGUGCCCAUGGUUGAGCCACACGGGCACCACCACAGGCAUGCUCGCGACAUUGUCUGGGUUCCCCACACGGAGGUGGUACUCGAAACCGUUGCAGUGACCAUGACCGUUUGGGUCGAUCCCGAAGAGACUGCCCCGACAACUACAACAACGGCCACCCCAACGAGCUACCCACCACAGUAUGCCGCGCCUGCGCCAGAGCCAGAGCCAGCUGAGACCACUCCUGCGGCCUACAGUCCACCUGCGCCUCCCGCGUACACUCCUCAAACCAGCAGCUCAUCAUCGAGCACUUCUGUCUACGUGGCUCCAGUGCCCACCACCACUUCCACUCCCGUUGCGCCCACUCCAUAUGUCGCACCUACGACGACCACGCCAGCUCCAUAUGUCGCACCAACCACGACUACGCCAGUACCCGUCUAUGUUGCGCCCACUCCCUCCCCUCCAGCACCAGCACCAGCGGCACCUUCCGAAUCGACCGGGAGCUCCAGUGGCGGUCUCGGCGGCAUGGCUUCUGUGGGCAUGACCCAUACCGGCGAUUUGACCUGGUAUGAAGUUGGACUCGGUGCGUGUGGCAAGACCAACGUAGCAAGCGAUUCUGUUGUCGCUGUCGCCGAAAGCCUGUUUGAUACCUUCAGCACUGGCAACCCCAACACCAACCCCCUCUGUGGCAAAACCAUCACCAUCACUGGCAAGGACGGCUCGAAAUACCCAGCGACAGUCGUAGACCGUUGCACCGGCUGCAAAGUGUCCGACUUGGACCUGUCGCAAGAUUUCUUCAACAAAGUCACCGACCACGGCGACGGUCGUGUCGGUGGCAUGUCAUGGUGCUUUGAUGAUUAAAAAGGUCCAUCAUGCUGAACAGCGCAUGAUUUUCCCCCUUUUCGGCAGCAUUUCUUACCCACCCCAGUCCUCGUUGGCUUCGGAGUUGACCUCGGGCAAACGGACAACCUGCGCACACACACACAAACACAUAGGUGUACACACAGACACACGAGAGCAGUCCAAUGUGAGACAGUUUCUUUUUACGACAUUUACGACAAAAGGCGAGAGAUUAUACCACCCACAUUUUUUCAGAAAAAGAGAAAAAGUCCUUCUUCUUCACCACCCUGAAUAUAAGGCAAGCAAAGCAAGCACAGCAUAGCAUAAGCAGGCCUGACGCAACAAAAAAACAAAAACCAUUUUUGAGAUAAAUGAUCAUCACGGCACGAUUUGUAACGCGAAGACUUACACUCCCUUACUGUAUCUAUCUAACCGAUCAUUGUUUAUGACCUGGUAGAUGGGAGGUGGGAUGAGAGAGUGUGUCUCGCGCGACCAUUUUUUUGUUGAGAUGGUACUUUUUUUGGUACCUACCUUACGCUUCUUGUUUAUAGAUUUUGCAAAACCAGACAUUUUUCAUGAAACACAGUCUUGAACUUUUUC